UUUCGACCGAUGUUUCAGUUCAUAUUGACGGACUGCUCCGGGCGGACGUUGAAACUGUGCGAUAAACCCUCGGUUCCACCCGUAUCGUUUGCCGAGGCUCUUAUCUUCCGGAGUUGUCUUAUCGGGCAUUCAGUGAAUCUUAUCGCCAGCAGCAGAAAGUAGGGGAAAAAGUAGUGGGAAGCAGCCAGUUCAGUGUGACAAAAUUUCGUUGGAAUUCAAUGUGUUUUUCCGCAGCUCGUCGCCGUUAUGCUGCUUUAAAGGGGUAAUAAUUCAUGAAUUGAUUACCAAGUUGACCAAAAAAUCAGGAUCAAGAGCAAGGUAACUGGGCAAAGGAAGAAUCCAGCACUACAUGUCCCACAACUAGAGGACAGUCUCCCAUCCAAGGAUUAAUUAAGGUCUCUCUCCCAACAUGCCGCUCUUCACGCGAAAAUCGCCCAAACAGGGAAACACUGCGGACAGCGGCAACCAGUUCGGCAGUCGGUCCUCCAUGAACUCGGGAUCCUCGCAGGGUAGCCACAUCAGCAAUAACAACAACAACAACAACAGCAUUCAGGAGAAAUCGAAGCCACCUCUGGUAUUCCACUGCCAACUGGCCCACGGCAGUCCCACCGGCUUGAUUCACGACUUCUCCAGCGUGCGAGAGCUGUACCAGAAGAUCGCCGAGUGCUUCGACAUAUCCGAGAAGGACAUCCUCUUCUGCACCCUCAACUCGCACAAGGUGGACAUGACGCGCCUGCUCGGCGGUCAGAUCGGCCUGGACGACUUCAUCUUUGCCCACCGCAAGGGUCGACCCAAGGAGAUCGAGAUUGUGAAGUCGCAGGACGCCCUGGGACUCACGAUCACCGACAACGGAGCGGGCUACGCGUUCAUCAAGCGGAUCAAGGAGGACUCCAUCAUCGAUCGCAUCGAGCACAUCUGCGUGGGCGAUCACAUCGAGAAGCUGAAUGGCCAGAACAUGGUGGGCAAGCGGCACUACGAGGUGGCGCGAAUGCUCAAGGACAUCGCCACCGGCGAGACCUUCACCCUGCGCUUAGUGGAGCCGGUGCGGAGCGGCUUCCAGGGCAUCGGGCCGCGCAGCCAGUCGCGGGCGUCGGGGAGCGGAUCUGCCGGCGGACGGAACUACGGGAGCGGCAAGGAGACGCUGCGGUUCAAGGCCAACGGCAAUGCCCAGAUCGAGCCGCAGUUCGAUGAGGCUACAGUGGCCGGGAUCGAGGCCAUCAACAACCUGCUGGAGUCCUUCAUGGGCAUCAACGACACGGAGCUGGCGUCGCAAAUCUGGGAUUUGGGCGACCACAAGUCCAACUCGAUGGACUUCGCCGAGGCCAUUGACAACUCGGACCUGGAGUCGUUCGGUUUCACCGACGACUUCAUCAUCGAACUCUGGGGUGCCAUAACGGAUGCCCGGCGCAAGUCCACGACCAGUCCCAAGUAACCGAGGUCCCAUGCCAGAGUUCCGGUCGCAUUUCACUUUGCCUGCUUAUAUUGGGGUCCAAUAAAUCCAUUGAAACGAGGAGUUGUUCUUAGUAAUUGCUAUUAUCUACUAUCUGAAUAUGUUUUGUUUUAGAGCCUAGUUAUAUUUACCAUAUAUCAUGCUACAACCCCAUAUGCAAACAUAUGUCGUCUGCCUUUGCCAAUUAUUUAGUUAUUUGUAUUCUUCACAGUAACCUAUUUAUUAUAUAUAUAUACGUUCAGUUGGACAGGAGGAAGUGACGAGGCAUCCAUACUAUAUACUUUUGGUACAAUUUGUUCGAUGUACAUACGUAUAAUUAUACUUCUUUAGUUUUAUCAUUAAACGCAAAUACAUUUAAAUUAUUUAAACGUG